UUGAUUUGUGAGGGGAAGGUUUCCUUUUGACCCUCACAACAGGCUGUUAUAACAUUUGAUUCCAAGGAGCGGGACUGUUUCCUCUUCAAUAUGAUAGGUCUGCUUGCUGUUUCCUUUCCCCAUUUUUGACUAAAAGCUUCUCAAACUCUAAAUGCCUAAUAGUCUUCAGAUUAGCCUUGGAUCUAGCUGUACUUCUGGAUUUUUACUCACGUUACAGCCUUCGACUGAAGUAUCCACUGAACUGUUGGACUGUAAGCCUGCCAUUCCUCCAGCCCUUUUUUCGAACAGGUUGUUUUGUGAAAAGCCUGCAGAGAGCAAACCACUGUUUUCUCACGUCCAUUUGCUGGCUCAGCCCAAUCUCUAGAGGUUUUAAUUAAUCCUUGCAGCUCAGUGCUGUAAUUCUGAUCGCUUGGUGGCUGUGGUGUGAGCUGCAUCUGCAGCUGAAGGCCUUUUUUCCUCUUUUUUCUUCGUUUGGUGGAAAAGUAAAGCCAACCGAGAGGAGAGGCUCCACCGUCUCUUCCUCUUCCACCUCCCAAACUCCCACCGUCAGAUUUUCUCUUGUUGUGUCCUCACCCAAACGCAACCAUAAGGUUCCUACCGCAUCCUCCUCCUCCUUCUUCCCUUUCCUUCCGCUCGAGCUUCUCCCGUUUUUUCGGUUUGGUUUGGUCCCGCAAAUUUUCAAAUAUUUACUUCCUGUACAUUAAGAGGAAAGGGGGCUCCCCUUUCAUGGAAUGCGGAAACAUGGGUCUGUUCGACCGCGGAGUCCAGAUGCUGCUGACCACGGUGGGCGCCUUCGCGGCCUUCAGCCUCAUGACCAUCGCGGUCGGCACGGACUACUGGCUGUACUCGCGGGGAGUCUGCAGGUCCAAGUCCAUGAGCGAGAACGAGACCAGCAAGAAGAACGAGGAGGUGAUGACCCACUCGGGCCUGUGGAGGACGUGCUGCUUGGAAGGAAACUUCAAAGGGAUGUGUAAACAGAUAGACCACUUUCCCGAGGAGACGGAUUACGAGGCGGAUCCAUCCGAGUACUUCUUGCGUGCGGUGCGAGCCUCCAGCAUCUUCCCCAUCCUCAGCGUCAUCCUGCUCUUCAUGGGAGGCCUGUGUAUAGCUGCCAGCGAGUUCUACAAGUCACGCCACAACAUCAUCCUCAGUGCAGGGAUCUUCUUUGUGUCUGCAGGUCUGAGCAACAUUAUCGGCAUCAUCGUGUACAUAUCAGCCAACGCGGGGGACCCUUCAAAAAGCGACUCAAAGAAGAACAGCUACUCGUACGGCUGGUCCUUCUACUUUGGUGCCCUUUCCUUCAUCAUGGCUGAGAUGGUGGGCGUCUUGGCUGUGCACAUGUUCAUCGACCGACAUCGACAGCUGCGAAUAGGAGCGCGUGCAGCUGACUACCUCCAAGGCUCGGCCAUCACACGGAUACCCAGCUACCGCUACCGCUACAGGCGCCGCUCCCGCUCUUCUUCUCGCUCCACAGACCCAUCGCAUUCCCGCGACGCCUCGCCGGUGGGCCUCAAGGGCUUCAGCGCGCUGCCCUCCACAGAGAUCUCCAUGUACACGCUUCCCCGGGACACUCUCAAGUCCACCGGUACGCCCACCUACAACUCUGAGAGGGACCACAGCUUCCUUCAGGUCCACAACUGCAUCCAGAAGGACCUCAAAGACUCCAGCCACACCAACACAGCAAACCGCCGCACCACACCUGUAUGAGGGGGUCGGCGGAGGCCCGGGAGUCCAGCGGAGACGCGGGGACCCCUGCAGUAGAAGUUCCAUGUUUAUAGACAUUUAUUGGGUUUUUUUUGUUUGUUUUUUUCCAGCUGCAUGACUUUUCCAUUACUAUUGUUGAGAGAGCCUCAGCGGUUCUCCUGGACCGAGCGGCGCAGGAACACGCCACGCUGUUCCCAGAGCGUUUCCUGUCAUUUUGAUUUGUUUUUUGUUGUUUUUUCCAUACAGGGUUGGAGGACACAGACAGCUGGGGGGGGGGGCAUUUCUAAGACAAACAAAAAGAAAUAAAUAUUCCAUUAUUUUAGUUCUUCUUUGUUUUAAAAGUUUUCAGUUGAAGCUCCACUCCAUUCUUGAUUUAUUGGCAAAUUUGUUAAUUUUUUGCAUAAAACUGUGAAUUGUUACAGCUUGGGAUUCAGUAAGAAUUACCCCAAUCUGUAAUACCUAACAAAGGUACUAUAUAUAUAUAUAUAUAUAUAUGUAAUACUUUUAUAAAUAAAUUAUUAUGUUAAUAAUCAAGAGAUAACAGACUUUACUGAAGCAAAAAAGCAACAAAAAAAGUUACCUAAACCAAGUGCUGUUGGAAACUCGAGAAAAGACUCUCAGUAUUUGUCGACUUGAAGGUCAAGAACCAGAGAAGGUCUUCCUGGUGGCAGCAGCGCCGGAAACGCAGACAGCCAGCCGUAGUGUAAUAUCUAUUCUUUUAAUAGAACCUUCUCGUCUUUUUCCCCCGUCUCUGUUCGCUUUCUUUUUUUGAGGAGGGGGAACGGUGGAACCCUUUCAGCAGAAAGAACCAAGCCAAGGAGUCUCGGAAAGACUCCAGACAUGACUUCUGCACACACUAAAAGGAAGGAGCAGAGGGGAAGGAAAAGAAGAGGACGUCAGACACUAAAAUAAAGUUUAAACAUGACAUAGAACAAAAAAAAAAGCUAAGUGACUCACAAUUUCAGAAAUUAAAUGCAUGCUAUAAAAUUACAGCGAACCUGCUCUUGAGAAACUUAAGUUUUAAAGUUUAAUAAAUAUAAGGGGAAAAAAGCAAAGGCGCUAGAGUUUAAAGUAUUAAUGUUUUCAUGUGUGUUUUUCUUAUGUUUUUUAUUUAUUUAGCUCAUUUUAUUUCAUUAUGAGACAAACCAAACAAUCUGAAUUGAACAAAACUGCUUUUUUAAACAGUUUGGUUAAUUUCUUUAUAAAUAUAUAAAUAAAUGUAUGUAUGUAUGUGUUUAAUUUUGUUUUUAAAACUCACACAGCCUUAGUCAUUUCUUUGUUUCUUUUGAUUUUUAAUGUGUUGUUCAGAUUGAAAAUGAAAUCUUUAAAGGUGCCAAAACCGAAUGAUCCUAUACUUGGAUGCAUCAAGUCCUGAUGAAUAAAAUACAAACCCAAGGGGAAACAAGC